UAAACCCCGAGUGCUAUUCCUCCCCGCCUCUAGGACUUCUGUGCCCAACUCCAAGCCCAGAAUCUUUGCCGCUGGCCAUAGCCGAGAAACCGGUGGGAUUCUCGUCAGAAGUAACCUUAAUCCCUUCACCCUCAUCCCUCUUCAUUUGUCCGACUAAGUUGGCCGUCACUGGCCGUGCUCGCCGAACAUCUCUCCUUUUCUCUUAGCGUGCACAGUUUGCUUGCACGAGCUGGAUUACCCACACGCCGCCACACCUUAAACCCUUAACCCACCACUCGACUUCAAAGACAUUCUAGCUCUGUUCUCAUCAAAGAAUGAGCAAAAGAGGGAUGAAGACUCUCCUCCCUGCAAUCUCUCCCUCUCUCAGGUCCAACCCCGUCUUCCCCUCCAAAGCUCCACUCCCAUUUCUCCGAUCAUCCAAAAUCUGCCGCCAUAACUUUCAAACUUCCGGCCAAACUCUCUUCUCCAUCGUUUCCAGUUUCAUGUCCACCUAUUCGCCACACAAUCUCGAAGGACUUGUCGAUCCCCAUGACCCGGUUUUACUGGAGAAUUCGCGUUUCGAGUCAGUCUCGGCCGAAGAUUUUGCCUUUCUUCGUGACUCUUCGGUGGAUCAUGAUGCUGAUAGUGGGUCCUUGGGGCUGAAAUUUGAAUCCCGUAGGUAUUCGAAUGAUGCUGUUUUGAUAUCAGAUGCUAUUCGGGAUAAUAAUGAUGGGUUUGGUGACAAAACCCAAAAGUUUCUUAGGCAGUUUAGGGAGAAAUUGAAUGAAACUCUGGUGGUAGAGGUGUUGAAUCUUGUACAAAAUCCUGAGUUGGGUGUCAAGUUCUUUAUAUGGGCAGGGCGGCAAAUUGGUUACAAACACACAAAGGCUGUGUAUGAUGCAUUGUUAGACAGAUUGGGGGGUAAUAAUGAUGAGAGAAUACCAGACCACUUUUUACGAGAGAUUAAACAAGAUGAUAUGGAAUUACUUAGGAUCUUGCUUAAUGUUUUGAUUCAGAAGUGUUGCCAAAAUGGGUUUUGGAAUUUAGCUUUGGAGGAGCUUGGGAGGCUCAAGGAUUUCGGGUAUAAACCCACAAGAUGGACAUACAAUGCAUUGGUUCAGGUGUUUCUUAAAGCUGAUCGGUUGGACACUGCUUAUUUGGUUCAUAGAGAGAUGUCAAGUUCGGGGUUUAGUAUGGAUGGUUUUACCAUAGGUUGUUUUGUCCACUCGCUGUGCAAAGCAGGAAGGUGGAGGGAAGCUCUAGCGAUGAUUGAGAAGGAAGAUCUUGUGCCUGAUACAAUUCUUUAUACAAAAAUGAUGUCUGCGUUGUGUGAAGCUUCACUUUUUGAGGUAGCUAUGGAUUUCUUGAACAUAAUGCGGUCUAGUUCUUGCAUUCCUAAUGUUGUGACGUAUAGGACUUUGCUUUGUGGGUGUUUGAGAAAAAGACAGCUGGGUAGGUGUAAGAGAAUUCUUAGUAUGAUGAUCACAGAAGGUUGUUAUCCGAGUCCUAGGAUUUUUAAUUCCCUUGUUCAUGCUUAUUGUCGAUCUGGAGAUUACUCUUAUGCCUAUAAGUUGAUUAAUAAAAUGGUAAAAUGCAAUUGCCAGCCAGGUUAUGUAGUUUACAAUAUAUUGAUUGGUGGUGUAUGUGGAAAUGAGGAAUUACCAAGCUCAGACAUGUUGGAAUUGGCUGAGAAAGCCUAUGGUGAGAUGCUUAAUGCAGGGGUUGUAUUAAAUAAGGUUAAUGUCAGCAAUUUUGCCCGAUGUCUUUGUGGUGCUGGAAAAUUUGAGAGAGCAUAUAAUGUUAUUCGUGAAAUGAUGAGUAAGGGAUUCAUACCUGAUUCUAAUACCUAUUCUAAGGUGAUUAGCUUUCUAUGUAAUGCCUCCAAAGUGGAAAAGGCCUUUUUGUUGUUUGAAGAAAUGAAAAGGAAUGGUAUUGUUCCUGAUGUCUAUACAUAUACGAUUUUAAUUGAUAGUUUCUGUAAAGCUGGUCUUAUUGAACAGGCUCGUAAGUGGUUUGAUGAAAUGGUAAGGGAUGGUUGUGCCCCUAAUGUGGUGACUUAUACUGCUCUUAUACAUGCAUACCUUAAAGCUAGGAAACUGUCCAAAGCAAAUGAACUCUUUGAGUUGAUGUGUUCUGAAGGUUGCAUUCCUAAUGUUGUUACUUAUACAGCUUUGAUUGAUGGCCACUGUAAAGCUGGAGAGAUUGAAAGAGCUUGCCAAAUUUAUGCCAAAAUGAAAGGUAAUGUUGAAAUCUCUGAUGUAGAUAUGUAUUUUAGGAUUGAGGACGGUAAUUCCAAAGAACCAAACAUUUUUACACAUGGAGCAUUGGUUGAUGGUUUGUGCAAAGCUCAUAAGGUCAAAGAGGCCCGUAAUUUAUUAGAUGCUAUGUCGAUGGAAGGUUGUGAGCCAAACCAUAUUGUGUAUGAUGCUCUUAUAGAUGGAUUCUGCAAGGCUGGGAAGCUAGAUGAAGCACAAGAGGUGUUUGCUAAGAUGUCAGAGCGUGGUUAUAAUCCUAAUGUCUAUACUUACAGCUCUUUGAUUGACAGGUUAUUUAAGGAUAAGAGACUAGAUCUCGCUACGAGAGUCUUGUCCAAAAUGCUAGAAAAUUCUUGUGCCCCUAAUGUUGUCAUCUACACAGAGAUGAUUGAUGGCCUCUGUAAAGUUGGAAAGACAGAUGAGGCCUACAAGCUUAUGCUAAUGAUGGAAGAAAAAGGCUGCAAUCCAAAUGUUGUGACUUAUACUGCUAUGAUAGAUGGCCUUGGAAAAGUGGGUAAAGUCGAAAAAUGCCUUCUGCUCUUGACAGAAAUGAGCUCAAAGGGUUGUGCUCCAAAUUUGGUGACCUAUAGGGUUUUGAUAAAUCACUGUUGUGCCAAUGGCCUUUUGGAUGAGGCUCAUAAACUUUUGGAUGAAAUGAAACAGACUUAUUGGCCAAGCCAUAUAUCAAGUUACCACAAGGUUAUUGAAGGCUUCAACAGGGAGUUUAUUCUAUCUCUUGGGCUUCUACAGGAGAUUAGCGAGAAUGAUUCAGCUCCAAUUGUUUCAGUGUACAAAAUAUUGGUUGAUAGCUUUAUCAAGGCUGGAAGAUUAGAAGUAGCUCUGGAGCUGCACGAGGAGAUUCCAUCAUCCUUCCCUAUAACAGUUGCCAACAAGAAUAUGUAUACCUCUUUGAUUGAGAGCCUCUCCUGCACUGGUAAAGUUGGUAAGGCUUUUGAGCUGUAUGCAAAUAUGGUAAGGAGGGGUGGUGUUGUGGAGUUAAGUACAUUUGUUCACCUUAUCAAAGGGCUCAUCCAUAUUAACAGGUGGGAAGAAGCACUUCAACUAUCAGAUAGCAUAUGUCAGAUGGUCAGUCCCUCUCUCUCUCUCUCUCUCUCUCUGGGUGGGUGUGUGUGCUUUUUUCAAGCUUCAAAUACAUUACAGAAGCAAUGUUUUCCAUAAUGAAGUGCUUGGUUCUCAAUAAUUUAUCAAAGAUUAGCAACUACUGAGAUUCCCAUUUAAGUAGUGAGAUUGCUUCCUACUUAAAUUUGUACGUCCUACUAUACUCGUUUGAGAGAACUGCCCUUUAGAUGUAAUAGACCUUGAGUUGGUUGUAAUCAAUCCAAUUUAUCAGACUACACUAAGAUACAGAAUGAAUCCCAGAAAAGGAUUUAAAAAUAUUCUAAUUGCAAAAAUUGGCUUAAAAUGUGAAUUCUUUAUUCCCCAAACUUCUUUAAAGAAAGUGCCAUCAUUAUUUGCCAUCACCACAUUAGUUGUGUACUGCUAUGGCUGUGCAUGAGUGUAUGUCCCCAUUAUGACAUUUCUGAACUGCACCUUUUGCAGGUAUGAAAAUUAAAGUUCAUCUGAGAGUAAGAGACAGCUGCGGGGCACUCCAAAUAAAAAUAAAUUUGGGUAUUGUGUUCUUGAGAUAAAUGUUGGUUUAUGACUUUGCACCCGCUAGGAGCAUAUUUUGUUAUUUAUCCCACAUUUGCAAAAGAAUCAUUUGUGAGGUUGCUCAUUGGGUCAGGCAAAAUCGACCAACCUGAUGAACUCCCCUUACUAAAAGUUAUAUAUAUUUUUGUGUUUGUCUGUAAAAACAUAUUUUAUACAUUGUUUUUACCUUUGUCGCUAAUUGGUUCCCUGCUUCUCUCAACUUAUAGAGCUUCCGGAAUUUGUCAUCCAUAAUUAAGAAUCUCAGAUUUAUUGUUCAAUAAACUGACCCUCUACUAAGUUGACAAGAUUUGGUUGGGUUGGGAUGCCGAACCCCUUGGAUGGUCGAUCAGUUAUUGAUGAAUUACAUGAUAAAAGUUGUCUUUUUAGCUGUAUUAGAAAAGCAUAAAGCCACAUCUGGUGGAGUGGGCAAUACUGGUGUAGGCAUGCAUGAAUCUUUUAGCAUGGAUUGCAUGGCUUCAUUCUGUAAGUGAUAGAUUGUGCUUGGUUUGUGAAAAACCAACAGAAGCUCGUACUUUGAAUGCUAGGUGUUCCUUCAAUUUUAAGUUUCCCGGUAUGUUGGUGCUGCCUGUUCAAGAAUUGAUUGCUGUCUAGUUACAUGCCUUACUGUUUGUUUGUCUUUUUUCUAAUCACCAUUUUCCCCCUUUUUUGAGCAGGAUGUCCAUUGGCUUCAACAAGAAGAGAUAUUUAACAGGAGUUAGGCAUAAGCAUAUUUAGUACUUUUCCCGAUGGUUGAAAUAACGACAUAAUGGUGCAUGGUAAAUUUUUCUUAAGGCAAUGCUGGUAGACCACUCACUCUCAAGUCUCAAUGCGCAUGUAUGAAUACCCAAGGAAGUGAUUGGGCAUUGCAUGUAAAACAAGGUAUCAGUACUAGAAAGCUUUGAUUUGCAAUUUGGAGCAACUAGAAGUUGAAUAAAGGUUGCAGAAAAUAUUUGGUUCUUCAAUUAUUCAGACCCAUCUGGUCUGUAAGUCCUUAACUUCUUAUUGAAAAAGAAAAAGGUCCUCUACAACUUUCUUUUGGAUUUAUAUUUUGCACCUUUGCUUACAGUUGAUGCGGUUAAUUGAGCAUGAUGCCAGUCGAUGCUGCCAAAACUGUUCUGCUUCUGAAAUACCCUUCAUUUAUCUUGACAAGGAAAGGAGAAUAACAAAUCUCCAACUGUUAUCAUUAUAGUUGUCCCGGGUUGUAGCUUGUGUGGGACUAAUCAUCUCCAUUUGUGCCUAUUAAGAGUGAGGAAGCAAAGGAAGAAACCAGAAAGUGAGUGAGGCUGUGGAUGAGAUUAGAAGUGCAGUCAUUGCAAUUUGACUUUGGUGCUAUCAAAACUGCAGCAGAAAGCUUUUCUGAUGUAAACAAACUUGGACAAGGUGGAUUUGGUUUGGUUUACAAGGGCUAGCUUCCUGAUGGACAAGUUAUGGCUUUGAAAAGACUGUCAACAGAUUCUGGACAAGGAGAUCUAGAAUUUAGGAACGAGGCCCUCUUAGUAGCUAUGCUUCAACAUCAAAUUAUAGUUAAGACUCUUAAGACUUUUGCUUGGAAAGAAAUGAAAGGCUUUUAAUUUAUGAAUUUGUGCCCAAUACAAGCCUUGAUAACUUCAUUUUUGGUACGAUCACUCCAAAAACAACCCUGCCCAAGCCUCAGACAACCGAGGUUUCGAUUACUAAGCUAUAUCCUCACUAAUGUUUGAUGAUUUGGAGAUGUAAUAUGACUCUUUUACUCUCUCA